GCUCGCCGGAGAUGGGGAACACGUUUAAGUCCCCCCGGCCUCCGCCUCCACCGCCGAUGGUGCUGGUCCCGCCGCUCUUCGAUUUCCCCCCUCUCGCCGCCCGUACGAGAAUGCUGGAUUCGUCCUACAACAUGCUGUUUGGAAAGCUGGCUCUGAAAUGCCUAUUCGAGGACUAUUUCGAAGAAGCGAGGCGUUUCAGCACGAGAAUUAUGCUCAAGCCGAUCGAUGAUCCGCAUGUCGAUUUGAUUGCCACUGUUGAUGGUCCACUCAAUCACAAGCCAGAAGAGAAAUUUGCAGGAAACGCACAGUUUCGCUGGCAAAGUGAUGUUCUUGAUCCUCACACAUUUGUCGAUCUCUCCGUUUCAAACUCAGAACCAACUCUACUGAUGAGAUCCUGUGCAUACUAUCCCAAGUCUGGGUUUGGAGCAUUUGGCAUCUUCCCUAUUCUUUCAAAACAAAGAAAAUCUUCUGAAGAUUAUGGCUACAUGGGUUUGAGAUAUGGCUCUUCUAAUCUGUCAGUUGGAGCUACAUUUGUCCCAUUUACUGCAUCGGCUGAUGAACUCCCAAAAAAUGCAUGGUUAGUAAGCAAGAUGGGAAGGUUAACUGCUGGAGUGCAAUACGAACCAACAUUUGAAAGCAAAGAUGGAGCUAGAUACAAAAACUUAGCAAAUUGGAGCUGUGCAAUUGGUUAUGGACUUGGAUCAGAGAGCCCAUUGAGCCCGUCAUUUAACUUUGGACUUGAACUUGCUAAAAACUCCCAGUUCAUUGCUUCUUUCUACCAGCAUGUGGUAGUCCAAAGACGGGUUAAAAAUCCGUUUGAGCCAGAAGAAGUAGUUGGAAUCACAAACUACAUUGACUUUGGUUUUGAGUUGCAGACAAGGGUCGAUGAUGCCCAACAUGCAAACAAUAUUCACGAUUCUAGUUUCCAAAUUGGUGCAUCGUGGCAAGCUAAUAAGAACUUUUUAUUAAAGGGUAAGUUGGGACCUUUGAGCUCCUCAAUAGCCUUGGCUUUUAAGUCAUGGUGGAAACCUUCUUUCACAUUAAGCAUCUCAGCUAUCAGAGACCGUGCAAAAAGGGAGACAGCAUAUGGUCUCGGUAUCCAAGUCGAAAAUAUUCGGGAAGGAAUUUAUCAGAGGGCUGAUCCCAAUUAUGUGAUGCUGACGCCAAGCAAGGAGCAUCUUGCUGAAGGCAUUCAGUGGAUAAUUGGAGAGAGACCAUUGUUUGAAUCAGAUGUUACUUCUGGCAAUUUCAGUGGGGUGCCCAAGGAAUUGAGACCCUUAAACAAAAUGUUGUGAGCCUCUCUCUCUCUCUCUCUUUGAAUUGUUCAAAAUGUAGUUAAGAUUUUGGCAAGUUAACAUGUUUACCACCUAUUGUAAUUGAUACUCCAUCAUAGAAUUAUCUGUCUCAAAAUAUUGUAGCAAUCAAUUAGGUUUCUGAAAGUAUUGUAGCACUCAUUUUCUUUACAAAAAAAAAUAUUUUAUUUGUAUUAAUCCCAGAUGAUAGAUACAGAUAAACCCCAUCACUCUGCAGAUUGGGCUGCCUCAUACCCAAUUUUCCUAAUAGAGCUUCCAGUGCAGAAUUGUGGCCACAUCUUUUACCUAUCCAAAAAUGAACCAAAACAAAUGCCCACAAUAAAUACAUAACCCCAAAUCUCAACUCUUAUUUCACAAACAAAAAAACAGUUAUAUUAACAUUAUCAUACAACAAAAAAGGAGUCUCCCUCCCUCUUUAUGCUUUUUCUUUUACUUACUGAGAAA